AACGUGAUUAUAUAUCGCAUCUGUUUGCACGUGAUGACAUAUUUCUAUGAAAAUAUUGAUAUUUACAACAUUCUGGGUUGAUAAUACACAAAAUUAUUCCAUAAAAUUACCAGUACAGCACCAGUAAUUUAUUCUCAAACUCCAAACAAAAUCAGAAAGACUAAUUUUACAGAAGCGAUAAAUAAGUGUUCAUGUAUUGCAGUUACUUUACAGUCGUUUGUGUAAUAGUAUUUUUGAUGUAUAUGAUCACCGUCUAACUGAGUAAUCAUGUAUAGGCUAGCAAUAGUGCUGCUAGCGGCAACAGGUGCGUACGCGCAGCUGACUGCUCAGACCAGCGUGGCACCGGAACUGCGAGAAUGCUACAUGGACUCCAACCUGGUUAACAGGAACAACCUGCCGCCAACCACUAUACCAGUCCUCAUCGACAUCAUCAGACAGAUCGAAGAUAACCCCAACGUGAACGUGGAUUUGAGGCAACUUGCUGUGUUGCUGUUACACACGUACCGACAGGAUGGCAUAGAGUUCCACCGACCAGAGACCCUGGGGAUAACUUCAGCGAAUGUUCUGCCAUACGCUCCAACUUUCCACUCUUUCCAUAGACACCGGCUGCUUCUGACCAGAAUCAUCCCAAACAACUUGCAAGUUCUGGCAAAUAAUACUUUGUCAUCAGCUCUAAAGUGCUCUCUUCACCACAUGUUGUCGACGACAGUGGACGCCAGGCUCCGAGGGGAUGAGAACACUUGCAACACGCUGUCUCAGUACCGUACAAUGAGGACCGCUCGGGAGGCCCGCCAUAUCAGUGAAGAUGUUGAGAUCCUUGACCUGUCACGCAUGAGCAAUACUGACCAAAAUGGCCAGAUUAACGAGUACAAUCCAAAUGACGAUGUUGAGUAUUCCAACUAUGGUGGUGGAAGGUCUGAGCGCCAAUUGCUCGGAGACAGCCAAUGCCCGAUCCUUGGAGGAGUUGUUAAGACGCAGUGGGGUGCAGUAUCAGCUGGACAUGUCAUAGCUGGUAUCGCAGGAGGUGCGCAGUCGCAACAAGUCCCGGUCAUCGAUUUAGCCAAGGGCUCCGCUGUAAACUACCCAAAUGUUCAACAAACUGUAACAUCAAUAUUUCCAGCAACAUUAUCAGGCGAUUUGGCGGAGGCUGCACUAAUUCAAGGAACAGACAGAGGUUCCUCGCAAGUAUCAAUCGGAGCAGCUGGUGGCUGGAACAGCACACAAGCGACAAAGCACUUCGUGUUGCAGACUCGCAAUAACCUGGAGAUGACCGACCCUGAAAUCAGAGGAGACGUCGAUGGCUUCGUGUUGGGGUCCAGCAUUUCUGCUAUUUUAGGAACUUACAACAGCUUGAAAUUGUCCCAGUUGCUCGAUAUGUACUAUUCGCCCAGGAAUGGCGUAUUCAGCCCAGAUCUUAGAGCUUGUAACAGGAUUGAACUCGCCCGGACGUACAUAUCAGACCAGACUUUAGCUGCAGAAACAUAUGCCUUCGCUGCGGCUCUCGACACCAACAUGCCCCUACGAGGCACCAUCACUGGAGGAUUAGAUCAACUUGUUACUAGCGCUGUGUCGAGUUUCCAGAGUUACAUGACAAGCAACCUCAAUGACAUGAAUUGUAUCACAACUGAAACUACAAGUAACGAUUUCCGCUCGGCCACCAACCUGUACAUAGUGUUGGAUGGUUCUUGGCAAUACUUGACGAUAUACCCUGCGAUCUCCUUCCUUCUGGACGUCAUUGAAGUUAACAAGUUUGGAUCAAGUGUCACGUUGCUGAAUGCUGCAGACGCAAGUCUUGUUGUCAACACCACCUUCUCGUUAGCAGAGUUCCAUAGCGCUUAUACAGCAGCUAGGCAUCAAAGUAUACUAACAUCAGUCAAUUUAGAGACGGUGUUCACGAACGUGCGUACAAUGAUGCACGCCCAGUUGGACCAUGAGAGGAACUCAAAUUAUGUCGGAGGCAACAGCACAGUACUAUUAUUCUUGCUUAACACUGGCAACUUGCAGAACAAUGAGCGUGUUUGGGAACAAGCUCGCAUUCUCAACGAGACUGUCCCUGACCUCAGAAUCCAAUUCGCAACAUCGACAAAUCAACAUGACAACCUGUGGAAUUUGGUUCGGAACAUGCACGAUGAUAUUAUGACAAUAUCACUUGGGUCGUCUGAUAACAGUAUUCCACUCGUAAUGUCUCCCGUCCGUGAUAGAAUUCAACAAGUCGGAAGAAGAAUUAUCAAUCCGAACUGCGGUUCUACGUAUCCCCCAGACUCACAGUCUGGAACCCGACAGUUUGAUGACAACGUUGAACCUGGCUAUAUUAACUUCUACUCUAUCAGUCCAAACUACUUCUACCAGAAUAACGACAACAGGAGAGUUAGAAUCGUACGAUCCAGUUCCGGAACAGGUAGUCUGGUUGUCUGCCACUCCCGUGUUGUAACACAACCUAGGCAAAAUGGAACAAUUGUGAAUGUAGACGAAAAUUCUGUGACAUGCCAAACACUGGCGAGCAACGGUAAUAUCGAAAUAAGCUUGCGGAAUGCCUGCGACGGGUACUCGACCAUCAACUCUUGUCCCUUCUUCUACAUAUCCGUCCAGUCUGUAGCGACCACUACCACCACAAGUGCUGUUUGUACUGGAGCUCGCUGCAGAUUCCCAUACAACAUCCAAUAUCAAGUUCAAAUCGAAGAGUUCGGGUGUUUCAAUGGUGCUAGCGGAGUCAGCGUCAGUUUUGCAUUUAUAGCCAUUGCCUUCUUGGUCCAUGUGUUCAGGCUUUAAUUUACCCACCAGUAUUAAGGUUACGUAAAGUAGACACAUACCCUUAUAAAGAAUGACAUACUUAAACAAAUAGUUAUUUAGCUGUUAAUUUUGUACCACCAACUUCUUUAGUUUUGUAGUUUUCUAUGUGAUUUGGAAUGCUUAAUUAGUUUGUAAGCGGUUUUCAUAAUAUAAUGAAUAUUAUCUAUCUAUAAUAUAACAAAAUUGUUUUUUUAACACUUGAUUAUUAUUUUAGUGAAUAUAAAUUACUUAUAAUGACUAUUUGAAACAACAUGUGUAGGUACUACUGUACGUGGAUUAAAAAAUUACUUAAAAAUAUUUAAUUAAACAAAAACAAAACAAUACUUUCAUACAAGAACUUUAUAGACAGGGUAAACAGUAAUAUUGUGAUUGUUGUUUUUUUACGAAAAAAUAAAUUAUAAUUAUUAUUUA